CGAUAUCUGAGCCGCACUAAUAAACCGAAAAUACCGCGAAGACGAUUGUUUUCAAACUAAAAGCCAGGUUCAAAUGAUGUGAUGACUCGGGCAGGCAGGGAUUAGUAAAGUUAAUAUGGGGGUCCUGAAAUGAUUUCAUUUCUUCGUUAUUGUCGACCUUUAGGGUAACUGUGCCUCGGUGUAGCUUGUCAUGAUGGUACGGUGUUGCUGUGGAAAUCAGUGAUAUUUGCAGCCUGCUGGACUUCCAGCUUGAGAGGUUUGUGGAGGUUCGUGUAUUACAAUGGUUGUGGAGGUGGAGAGCUUCUAUGGGGUGUACAUGCUGUACUGCACCAACCCCAAAUUUAAGGGGCGCAUUUACAUCGGCUUCACUGUGAACCCCGAGCGGAGAAUCGGCCAACACAACGCCGGGAGACACAAAGGGGGAGCCAAGAAGACCAGCGGCAGAGGACCGUGGGAGAUGGUGCUUAUCAUCCAUGGCUUUCCAUCUGAUAUUGCUGCUCUAAGGUUUGAGUGGGCGUGGCAGCACCCGCACACGUCUCGCCGGCUCUCUCACGUGACCCGGCGAACGCGUAAAGAGUCCAGCCUGCAGUUUCACUGGCGCGUGCUCUCCAACAUGCUGCGGGUGGCACCGUGGAGUCGUCUACCCCUCACCGUGCGCUGGCUGAGGCAGGAAUACCAGCUGGAGUUUGAGCCACAGCUGCAGCCGCCUCUGCACAUCCCUCUGACCUUCGGCUGUGUUCGUGCUAAGAAGAAACAACAGCAGGAGGAGCAAGAGGAGAGCCGGCUGGACCGGUGUCUACUGUGUAGAGGGAUUGUGCAGACUUCAGAUAGACUGUCUUGCUUCCAUCCCUCCUGUAAGAUGGUCUGUCAUCUGAUUUGCUUGGCAAAACAUUUCUUGAAGUCAGACCCGGCUAACCUACUUCCUGUAGAGGGCGAAUGUCCCGGGUGCCAUCACUCAGUGCUGUGGGGGAAUUUGAUUCGGCACAAAAAUGGCUGCUAUGGUGACCUAGAAGAGAUUACUUCAAAUUCUUCUCAGAGUCAUUGGGCAGAUGAGUUGCAGAUAUGAACAAAACUGAUAGUGACAUCAACUUCCAACAUAGAUGUACAAAAUAAAAGGUUUUCUAAGCUGCCUAAAAUUAAAGGACUUUUAAUCAUGACUUCAAGCUGGAUGUAUCACCUAAUGUUCUCAGUCCAUUUUGUAUAUGCAAAAUGUCACGAUUAGUUUUUUUUUUUUAAUUACUGGAGGUUCAUUUCUUUUUAAUGAAUAUAAAAACAUGGAUAAUAGCUCUAGUGUUUUUAACACAAAAUAAUGAAUCUUGAUGUGAACAACAAGAAUGUUUUUAAACAUAUGCAUAUUUUGUACUGUGAAAAUAUUUAUUAAGCAAUAAAGCAAUGAAUUUAUAUUCAGCA